UGGAAUGAUUUUAUUAUGAUGUUUUCACGCAGCGCUACGCUGACCCGCGCGCCUCCCUGCUUGAUUUGAAAGGAUCAAAGGUGUGCGAUGCGAGUCUGCACACGACCUGGGCGGUAUCUGUGAGCGGACGACACGUGGAACCCCGGCGCCCGUUGGAACGGACGGCUAUAAUGAAGUGUUUCAGGAUCUCUCCUUUGCUCACCUAUUAAUUCAUCUACUUCCCACAAAGUCUCUUCUUCUGAAAACCAAGACUUCAGCCUUCAAGAACAAGGAUCCGAGCCAGCCUGUGGAAGGACUUUAAGAGAGAGAGAGAGAGAGAGCGCAAGCAAGCAAGCUGAGAACAGCAAUUGGCCCUCUUUGAUGGAAAUGUCUCACAAGUUGGUGGGAGAAAAUGGCUUCCACUGCACCCAUAAACUUAUUUUUUCUAGCACAUCCAACCCAGGGGAGAGCAGCUCUCCUUUUGAUACUCCCAGUCCCCAGGAAUCCUGCACCACUCCGUUGAGCAAUGGGACGUUCUACUCUAACACAAACAGCCCUUCAGAUUCCUGCAUGAAGCCUCUCUGUGAGGCAAGAUCCGAAAACGAAAACGGGUUCAAUGGCAGCAUUAAAUACGUCUCCACAGAAGGGGAAGUUCUUGUGUGUGGGUGGGGAGGUUUCACCCCAAGUUGCUUGCAGUUUUUCAAUACGCCCAAAGGGGUUUUGUUCUUCCUGUGCGUGGCAUCCUUUUUGCAAGGAAUGACAGUGAACGGCUUUAUUAACACUGUGAUUACAUCGAUUGAGCGGCGAUUCGAUCUUCAGAGCUAUGAAAGUGGGCUGAUCGCCAGUUCCUAUGACAUUGCCGCCUGCGUGUGUUUGACGUUUGUCAGUUACUUUGGGGGCAACGGGCAUAAACCACGGUGGCUUGGGUGGGGUGUUUUGAUCAUGGGGAUUGGAUCCAUCAUUUUUGCCUUGCCCCACUUCACCACCAGCCAGUACGAAGUCCAUUUUUCAGAGGAGGUUGGCACAUGUUCCUCCAACCAAAGUUCAUGGUGCUCAGAAAGUGUCUCCACUCUCUCUAAUUAUCGGUUUGUCUUCAUGCUGGGUCAGUUUCUACAUGGGAUUGGAGCAACGCCACUUUAUACUCUUGGGGUGACCUAUCUGGAUGAAAAUGUGAAGUCCAACUAUUCUCCUGUGUAUAUUGCUGUUUUCUACACUGCUGCCAUAUUGGGCCCUGCAGCUGGCUAUUUGGUUGGAGGCAUCUUUCUAAAUAUUUACACUGAAAUUGGGAGACGAACGGAUCUUACGCCAGAUAAUUCCCUGUGGGUUGGAGCUUGGUGGAUUGGAUUCCUGGGUGCUGGGGCUGGUUCCCUCUUGAUUUCAGUCCCCAUUUUGGGAUACCCUCAUCGUCUUCCAGGAUCUCAGCGUUACAUAGUCAUGCGAGUUUCGGAAACCCAUCAGUUGAAAGAUGGCAGCCAUAAAACAGCCUCAGAUCCUGAUUUUGGAAAGACGGUGAAAGAUCUGCCACAGUCACUUUGGCUGCUUCUGAAGAAUCCAACUUUCAUCUUCCUUUGCUUAGCGGGAGCUACAGAAGCUACACUUAUUGCUGGGAUGUCGACAUUUGGCCCCAAAUUUCUUGAAUCCCAAUUUAGUUUAAGUGCCUCUGAAGCAGCAACUUUGUUUGGCUAUCUUGUGGUUCCAGCAGGAGGAGGAGGCACUUUCCUUGGAGGUUUCAUUGUGAACAAAUUUAAGCUGCGCUGCUCAGGGAUCAUCAAGUUUUGUUUCUUGUGCACCAUGUUAAGUCUGCUGGCAAUUUUUAUCUUCUUUAUUGAUUGUCCCAAUAUGCCCAUGGCUGGAAUAACCCAAAUGCAUGAUGGAAGCGUCCUACUGCAAGGUCACCUCAACCUGUCUGACCCCUGCAACAUGGAGUGCCACUGCCUGCGCGAGACCUAUAAUCCUGUGUGUGGAAAUGAUGGCAUAACUUAUUACUCCCCUUGCCAUGCUGCAUGCAAGAAAGCGUCAAUGAGUCAUGAUAGUGGGAAGAAGGUUUAUCAUGACUGUAGCUGCAUUCUUGGACCCACUACUCCUGUCUCUGGCUUGGCUACAGCAGGGAAGUGUACAUCUUCAUGUGAAAGAAGGACUCUUCUCCUGGUUUUCAUGUUUGUUAUUAUUCUCUUCACGUUCCUAAGUAGUAUUCCUGCUUUGACAGCUACAUUGCGGUGUGUUUCUGACAGACAGAGAUCGUUUGCCCUAGGAAUCCAGUGGAUCGUUGUGAGGACACUAGGUAGCAUCCCAGGCCCCAUUGCUUUUGGGUCAAUGAUUGACAAGUCGUGUCUCCUGUGGCAGAACCAGUGUGGUGAACAAGGAUCUUGUUAUGUCUAUCAGAACUCUGCCAUGAGUCGAUAUACCCUGAUUGCUGGUCUGAUAUUCAAGGUGAUGGGGUCAUGUUUCUUCCUACUAGCCUGUAUGCUCUACAAGCCUCCUUCACCUGAAUCCCUCCCUGGAAGUUCUGCUGCCUCUGAAAAUGGAACCUGUGAUCCCCAGGAGAGCAAAUGUUCACAUCCAUCUCCAGACAACGUAUAGCCCUUUGGCUGCAACAAAUAACUUUCAUACAAUCGCCAAGAACCUGCUCCAAAAGAUUGUGUACUCAUCUCUUCCUGCAGAUUUUGCUUGUUUUCCCCUUUUGCAGGAAAAAUAAUUUCAUGAAGAUCUAGUACAGUUGAGUUUUUUAUGAGAAGCAGAAGCACAGAGCAAAACGUGGAUACUAAUCUUUCCAUUAGGAAAAGAAGGAGCAAGAGUUGCAAGGAUCUUGAAGAGACUGAUUUCAUUUUCUCAUGGAUCUGUGCUGCUAUUCUGAGACGGGGUGCCAUGCUCUUGGAAUAUUAAAAGGAAAAUGGAAAGUGACAGCUUCUGCAGGUUACAAGAAGCUGUUUUUCCUGCCUUCCCUAGUGAGGGACCCUCACUUCAUAGAGUGUUUUGACCUUGUGUUUAGACACCAAAUCUCAGUCUGACCUCAGAAAAUCACAAAGAUUGGUGCCAUCAGUUCUAUCCACAUCUUACAGUAUUAAUUUAUUUAAAGAAGGGCUAAACAUAACUUUAUACCAUUCCUUUAUAGAGCACUUAAGAAGCCAACCAUACACUGGACCACAUAUUCAAGCUGGUGUAAAAUCUUCUUUGGUGUAAGUGAGAUCUAGCCAGCCCAUAGUUUGUUGAUAAAAAAUGUGAAGUCUUUGUUAGGUAAUUUUUUUUUUUGUCUGUUCAUUGCUUGAUGAUUGCAAUAUUGUAGUGGCUUACAGGUGUGAAUCUGCUGUCAUAGAUUAAAUCUCUAACACAGCUUUGACAUCGCACACAACACCUCAAACACUACCAUUUCCAUGUGAAACCAUUCAAUCUUCAGUCAUUGGGUAAGCAUUCCUAAAGUGAUGGACAGGUUAUCAAUGUAUUUAACCCUUUUGUGAUCAUCAGUGAGUACCUGGUCAACACACCUCCUAUGGCUGGUUUCCUCUUCUGUUUAUUUGCUUUAUCUUGUCUAUUCACUCAAAAACAAACAAACAGGCUUCCAACAUGCGGUAACACUUGUUGAGACAUCUCCCAGGCAUCUCCUAAAUCUUUUGCCAGAUGAUCACCCAGACAGGAUGGUUGGAGUUGGUCUCCUGUUCCCAUCAGAAUCCAUUUUACAUACUGCCAGACAGAGAAAAAUCAGUAUUUUCCCCCUUUCAGUUUGAUGAAAGAGAAGUUGCUUUUGAAAUUCUUUCAAAAGUGAAGAGAAUUUUGGAGAACCCCCUCAGUGACGUGUGUGAUCCAUGCACUUAGUUACAGAGGAACCAUAAAACAUGAGCAAAUGACUUGUCUUUUAUUGGACAACCUUUCUCUAGCCAUCUCCAGCCUCUCUGAUUUUCCCCAAUUUCAUUAAAAGUUUUUGUAAAUUGCUUUUGUGGUGAACGUUAUUCAACUUGCUUUAAAUUGUCACGUAAACCUCUUUGGGAUUUUUUUCAGAAAAAUGCAAAGUGGUAUACAAAUGUUACAAACAAACACAAUCCCAAGAGAUAACUUCAGAAGGGGACCCCCACCCUUUUUGUUUUCCCAGGAGCAAUGCUACUGUUGCAACAAAAGGGUGUGAUGUCCUGCCUUUGAGAACGUGGAGAAUUUCUCCUUCCUCUGCAGAACUUCCAAGAAGUCAUCUGCUCAGUUUCUCUUCCCAUAAACAGAAUCAUAAAAAGCAACUUGUGCCCCACUCUAAUCUUACUGUUUCUGGAAUGGAAAUGCUAUUAACUUUUUCCUGAUUGAUCACUGUGGGUUUGCCUUUGGUAUAAAGGUAGUAGGCUGCAGAAUCUCCCAACAAAGAAGGGUUUUUUCCCCCUUUUGGUGCUUAUUCUGUAAGAAUUUUGUUGGUAUCAGAACAAGCGACCCUUGGACAAAUCCUGUCUUCUCAUGCCUCUGCCAUCCUAUUUCUACCUUUCAUUUCUCUGGUUUUUAGGGCUCCCACCACUACCAAAGAAGAAAUCCACUCAGGAACAGUCUGUUUUCUUUAAACAGCACCAGAAUCCGUUUACAACAUCUUUGGACAUCUGCUAGGGAUUUGACAGGGACCAGCAGUGGCAUGUUCCUUAAAUAUUUAUUUUUGUAAUUGUGCCAUGGAGAAAAAAAAAAUUCUUCUGUGUUUUUAUCUCCAGUUUUAUUUCAAUUUGAUGGAAGU